AUGGACGCUUUUGAUGCGAUUCCAGAUCCUGUGGUCAUCGACAUUUUGAACAAAGUCGGUGACGUCAAAACUCUAAUACGGUGUCGUUCCGUCUCGAAACGAUUCAACUCGUUAGCAACUCAGUCUGACUCGCUUCUUCUCCAACUCGAUCAGAUCCUCGGAACCACCACCACCACCGAUUCCGACUCCGAGAUCGAUUCUCCGAUCUCUAACUUCUUCCGAUCUCUAUUCAAAUCCAUCCACGGUCUCUUACCUCCUAUCUUCUCGAAAUCCGUUAACCCGGACCAAAUCCUGACCCGAUCUCCGAAAACUCCGGCUCAGAUUCUCUCCCGAUUUGAACGGAUCCGGAAUCUGGAGGUUGAGUUAUACGGCGGAGAUGUCAAGCUCGAGAAAGGCGCCGCUGUGAAGUGGAAAGCUGAGUUCGGUGAAACCUUAAAGAGCUGCGUCAUCGUCGCUUACCGUUCCGCGACUGUUAAUACGACGGCAUCUUCCGCCGUCGACGGUGGUGUUACUGGUGUAGAGUCAGAUUCAGAGUUCGUUUGUGGAUUGAAGACGCGCGUGGUGUGGACGAUAAGCGCGUUAAUGGCUGCUUCGACUCGUCAUUACUUGAUGAAGGAUUUGGUGAAAGAUCACAAGGAGAUGGAGAAAUUGACUGUGAUUGACAGAGAAGGUGAAGGUACGGUGGUGAUGAACGCGGCGGGGAUGAAAGAGUACAGAGAGACGGCGGCGCGUGAGAUUGAGAAAGGAGUAGAGCGCGUGAGAGAACGCACGGUGGUUCCUAGCGUGAGAAUGAGUAUGAGACACGCGCCGUCGUUGAAGCUGAAAAGCGGGAUUUGUCUCGAAGCCGCCACGCUCGUUAUCGUAAGACCGACCGGUGUUGUUUCCGAUGACGAUGAUGUUGAGCUGGCGACGGAAGCUUUUGCCGGAGACGGCGGAGAGUGUAUGUACGGUGAAGCCGUUACGGCGUUGCUUAAGCGUAGGAGAAAUGUGUUGGAGAUGAAUUCUUUCUGA